UUUUUUUUUUUACGGUCUGUCAACAAAAAUAGAGCUACAAUCUAUCUGCAAUAUUAAAGCUGAUUUAGCCCCUAAAUAAAAUUAAAUAAAGCUAUCGUUAAAAACAAGUAUGUGUGCAGAUUUAGAUUAGUGUCAGCCUUCAGCCUAGGUUAACUAACGGACAUGGUUUGAAAAUGAAGUCGAAACAUUUUCACAACUAUAUUCAUCGUUUUCCAGGAACAUCAAUUUUCUAUCUUAGUUCGGUACCAACAAGUUAGCUAGCUUGUAGCUAACGUUAGAACGCUAGAUAGUUAGUUAUCACCUUGCAAACAACAAAUCCAGCAAGAUUAGGCUAGCUAAGUAGCAAGUUAACAAGGCAAACCGAGACAACUCGGCGUAGGUAGAGACCAAUAGCAAUAUUGAUCUUUGGUCGGGAGUCAAGCCUGCAAUUUCUUGAAAAUGGACGAGGCGUCCCCGGCAUCUCUGACAGACCUGUGUCUGUCCUACGUGAGUGGGAACCUGGAGAGGUUCUGUGCGAAGCACGCCGAUGGAUCUCUCUGUCUCAGAGACUCUUUACUGUUCCCCCAGGAGCUAGCUGACCAGCUGUUAGCUAAGAUGGCCACUGAAGGUCUGUUGAAUGACAGUACAGUGGGAGUGUUUCGUAGCUGUGAGUACCUACGGCUGCGUCGUGCAUGUAUCCGUACUGCUCGUAUUUCUGCCGAGGCGUUCCAGAGAGCUCUCUGUCCUCACCGCCUGCUGGAGCUGGAUGCUGCCAGGGUCAACGCUGACCUCACCAUCUCUGACAUACUACAGGGACUGGCCUCCAACAAACACUGCCAGGAGAGCUUACAGCGGUUGGUCCUGACAGGUCUAACCAUGUCCUCUCUGGAGGAACCAUCCCGUCACCGCUUCAGCUCUCUCCAGGGGCUCCGCUCCCUCUCCCUGGCCAAUGUGGACUUCUAUGACGCUGGGCUGGCUGACGUGUGUUCUCUGCCCCGCCUGGAGAGCCUGGACCUGUCCAACACCUCAGUAACCAACCUCAGUCCUCUACUGGGCCUCAGGGAGAGGCUGAGGUCACUAACACUACACCAGCUGAAGAGGCUGGAGAUGAGCACCGCACAGCUAUUGGCCGUCAUUGGACAACUGGAGGCACUGCAGCACCUGGACAUCAGUGAUGAUAAACAGUUCACAUCAGACGUGGCUCGUCAGUUGCUGGGCGAACCUGGGAUCCUGCCUGCUCUGGUCUCUCUGGACGUGUCUGGACGCAAACAGUGUGUGUUAUGCCAGGUGACGGAUGCAGCGGUCAAGGUGUUUGUAGAGGAACGUCCAGGGAUGACCUUUGUUGGUCUGCUGGCUACAGAUGCUGGCUUCUCUGACUUCCUCAAUGGAGAGGGCAGCCUCAAGGUGACAGGAGAGGCCAAUGAGACUCAGAUCUGUGAGUCGCUGCAUCGCUACAGUGAGAGAGACGGCUUUGUCAGAGAGGCUCUGUUUCAUCUGUUCAGUCUCACUCACGUCAUGGAGAAACCACGGCCUGACAUACUCAAGUUGGUAAUACUGGGGAUGAAGAACCACCCUGCCACCCUGAACGUCCAGUUGGCAGCCAGUGCGUGUGUGUUUAACCUGACCAAGCAGGACCUGGCAGCGGGCAUGCCUGUUAGACUGCUUGGCACAGUCACUCAACUACUGCUGGAGGCCAUGAGGACCUUCCCUAACCACCAACAGUUGCAAAAGAAUUGCCUUCUCUCUCUGUGCAGUGACCGCAUACUGCAGGAGGUUCCCUUCAACAGGUUUGAGGCAGCUAAACUGGUGAUGCAGUGGCUAUGUAACCAUGAGGACCAGAACAUGCAGAGGAUGGCUGUGGCUAUCAUUUCUAUACUGGCUGCCAAGUUAUCUACAGAGCAGACAGCCCAGCUGGGAGCAGAGCUGUUCAUAGUGAAGCAACUCCUCCACAUUGUGCGUCAGAAGGCGACUCAGGGCGGGGUGGAUGCCACCCUCAAGUUCACACUGAGCGCACUCUGGAACCUCACCGACGAAUCACCAACCACCUGCCGCCAUUUUAUAGAGAACCAGGGACUGGAGCUUUUCAUUAAAGUUUUGGAGUCGUUCCCCUCGGAGUCUUCCAUCCAGCAGAAGGUGUUGGGGCUGCUGAACAACAUAGCAGAGGUUGGGGAGCUGCAUGAGGAGCUGAUGGUUCAGGGCUUCCUGGAUCACAUCCGCUCCCUGCUCCACAGCCCUGAGGUGGAGGUGUCCUACUUUGCUGCUGGGAUACUGGCCCACCUCACCUCCAGAGGAGAGGCUGCAUGGACACUCAGUAUCACACUGAGGUCUGACCUGCUAGAACAACUGCACUCUGCCAUCCUGAAAUGGCAGACCCCAGAGUGUGAGAUGGUGGCUUACAGGUCCUUUAACCCUUUCUUCCCCCUGUUGGAGUGUUUCCACACCCCAGGAGUUCAGCUGUGGGCAGCUUGGGCCAUGCAGCAUGUCUGCAGCAAGAAUGCCCCUCGGUACUGCAGUAUGCUGCUGGAGGAGGGAGGUCUGCAGCAGCUGGAAAAGGUCCAGACACACCCCGACACACACGCAGAUGUCAUGCGAUUGACUGACGGCAUCCUGGAGAGCCUGCAGCGCCACCAAGCUCGCACCGGCCAGACCACACAAACACCCCCACACAAAGAGAGUGAUACGCCCUGAUCAGAACCCAUUCCACCUGUAAUGUCAAGACAAGAGUCCAGGAAGAGGUGUGUGUGUUCACACAUGUUCAUUAAGCCUGUCGCAUGCUUCCCAGUCGAAACAGUUUGCGCCAAAUUUUUACGUUUCUGUUGGAGUUCGGCAGGGUUUUUUCCAGUUCUUCGCGCACCAAAUGUGUUCUUGAGGCAAGCCAAAGUCAACAGUACUACGGGAUUCUUCAUUGAAGUGUUUGUCAUUCAAUGAACCUAGUUUUAAUGCACAUUUUUUUCAGUUGAGAAAUACUGCACCAAACAAAAUUUAUCAAAAUGAUUUACAGAUUCCUUGAUUUUUUGUAGAUUAAUUCUGACUAUUGAGCAAGUGGCUAUGUUGCUACGGCGUUUCAAGAGGGACAAACGGUAAUAUUGCAUUUUCAUUUUUCAACCAAAGGUCUUUUAAGGGAGUAUGCGAGGCACAGACGUUUGCUUCGCCUUGCCAAGUUCUGCUUGGCGCAAACCAAACCUAGUAUGUGGGCGCCUUUAAACCGGGAUGAGGAAAGACACCCUGUCACCUCCCACCUUGUCUUAAGGUGGUGCUGUAAAGUGAAUGAGAGAACAGAAACUACGCAUUUCUUUGCACACAUACCUUGCUAUGUUAUUUAUUUUCUUGUUUGGUUCAAAAGCAACAGUAUGACUAAGUGUACUACUGUUGGGAUAAGGAAAUUAUGAUUGAUUUAACUAAAGAAAAAUAAACCCUGAGUUGUUGGUUAACAGCGUCCAUAGCAUGAAUAGAAAACCAGUUGAACUAUAUGGUUUAACUGUUUCUUUCCUGUUGGACUCUGAAAGGGCCGAAUCCUUAUUUAAGAAUCCUGCACGCAUCUUGGAAGAGUCACACUAAUCGACAUCAAUUAACACCAUUGACAUAGAUUCAUGGUUGGAGUUCUGCAGGCGCACCAAGUUUGGAUUCGGCCACUAAAGGGCACUACAUACCCUACGCAAACAGAGCGAUGGGCGUCGUAUACGGGCCAUUCUAAAAUUGGAUCCGCACAAAAGUAUGUAGAAGAACCUAGAAAACGACACUGUUGCUGCGUUUGCGUAAAGUGUGUAGCAGCCUUAAAGCUCAGUUCUGGGGUUGAGAGUCCAGCCCCUCUGGCUGAUUAGCUAAUAUAUGCACAUGACGGUGUAAUUUUCCCAGCAUGCUCAAGUUUGUCUGAAUGAUCUUUUGAGUUGCCCAGUUUGUAGCAGGACUAUUCAAAUCCAGACAUGGAGGUCCACAAUACUGUCCAUAGUUAUUUUCUCUGUGGUAGUUAAUUGAUUAUUAUAAAUGUAUGAAUUAAUUGAUGGGUACAUUUUUGCCACAGUGUAUACUCACCUGGGGUCGCAGGUCUGAAUCAGUCCCUGAUUAGAGGGGGUAGGAUGAAAACCAGCAGUAUUGUGGACCUCCAGGACAAGAUUUGAGUUAUCCUGGUUUAUAAAAAUUAUGUUAAUAGUAAUGUAUUUCCCUUGUGGACAAAAAUGGCAAUAAAUAUAUUGGUCAACAUUAAGACAGAAUACAUAUAUGACUUUGCACAGUAUGAAGAAAGAAAAAAAAAUUAUUGAGAGUUCUAUGUGCUUCCAUGGUUGCUGGUCUGUGUGCAUGCUUGCGUAUUUGGAUCAGUGUAUAGGUGAGUGUGUGUUUGAUGCUAGGGGGAGUGUUUGUACUAGCCUGGCUGACAUGGCCCACAGCUGUGACUUACCUGGUCUGGAAAGGAAGCUGUUUGUUAAUGCAAUAUUCACUCAGAAAUUGUGUGACAGGUUUUAUGGGUUCUCAUUGUUUUUGUUUUUUCCCCCUCUGGGUUUGAGACUUCAUUGUUUGGAUUUGAAAAUCCAACUGUUGUAGUUGAAGGGGGUGACGCUCGGGGGCUGUGCAUCUGGGUGUUUGAGUGAGAAAGAGGAGAACCAACCAGUAAAAGCACAGCCCCCUUCAUUAUCGACGCAUUGUGCCGACAACCUCAAAGAGCCAUUCCAGACUCUGAAGUCAGGAGGACUUAGAGUUAAGUGCUAGCCACUGUAGCCAGACAAGUGUUUGUAGUUUCUCAUCUCCCAUACUCAAGUACAGUCUUUAACGAUUGGUUUAAAGUGUUGGAAACAAUAUGUUUUGUUGUUUAAUUCAAAAGGAGGUACUUAGGAAAACGAAGGAGACAAAACUGAGUUGGGAAUUCUGCGAUUAAGGGGAGAGGCAGCGAGAGUAGCGCAAUCCCAAAAAGACGCCUACCCCAGGGAUGUUAACUCAUUUUGCCCCGGGGGCUGCAUUCGGUUUUUGAGGUCCAGAGGGCCGCACUAAAAAAUGUAUUUCCUUGCCGUCAAAAUGACAAAAUUGUCUAUCUGCAACGUUCUGUACAUUGCACCCUCCUGAGCAUGACCCUGGUUGUGACUAAUAAGGAUAUAGGCUACUGAUCUUGUCUUCAUUCUCUAUGCAAUGGUGGCUGAAACUACAUUUCAUGCCUGCUGGCAAAUCUCCACAUGCUUGAUUUCAAAUCAGCCUACACAUUGUAUGUGCUUGCUACCGCUGCAUGGGUCAAAGUAUCUCUUCUCUAUGGCAUCAAGAGAAAUGCACAGAACAAACUGAACUGUAAACUAAAGUCAGUAUUUUCUACAUUAUACUGACAGAAUAUGAAAUUUGAGUUGUCCUCUCACUAUGAUUGAAGCUGUGGGAAAGUUUAGUCUUGUCUGUACAUUCCCCUAAUGUGACAGUUUCCUCUUUCAGUAUGGGCAUUUCAUGAAACUGGGUGUAGGGUGGCUCUAAAGGGAAGGCCAUUUGCUAAGAUGCCAUUUUGCUGCUGAGGGUCAUAUUUUCAUGUUUCUGAAAUAAAGAAUACACCCCCAUCAGCUGUAAACUGGUA